AUGGACAUUAUUGUGAGCGUCAUGUACAACAGCUCAAAAAAUCAUUGUCAUUAAAAAUAAUAAAUUUAAGCGAGUAAUUGGUGUUUUCUGUUAUAUUAAAUAGUUGUAAAAUAUAGUUUGAAGAAAGAUCAAUAAUUGUGACAAAAAUUUGAUUAUAAAUAAUAUAUGAGUAAAUAACUUUAAAUACAACAAUGUCGGAUAAUCUUGUAAUUGAAACUCGUAGUCGAUCAAGAUCAAAAACACCAGGACUACUUUCAAAUGAAAACGGAGAUUCUAAAGGAGCAAAAAAAAUCCCUACAGUGAGUCUUAUUGAGGAAGAGGAAGAUGUCAUUGGAGUCUCUUCGCAGCCUUCACAAAGGCCAAAACGUCAGCGUCGAAGCGCGAAGAAUGCUACAUCAGACACUUCCGGCGAUACUCAGCUAGAAACAGUAGUCAGCAAUAGCAAGCAGUCAAAGAGUACAGUAACAGCAACUACAACAACAACAAUAAUACAGACAUCUAAACAGACAACAAAUGGAACUCAAGAGAAAAGUGAAGAAUCGACAUCGGUAAAGACCAUAACACAUACCGCAUCUAAUAAUGAUGCAACUGAAUUUCCAGAAAGUCAAAGUAUAUUCAAUAAUAUAUUUAAUGCUAUAAAAACAAGUACGCCAAUUUUAUCUACCAAACGUACAAAGAGAACUACUCUCGAAAGUAGCUCCUCAACUGGAAAUGUUGAUUUCAAUCUCCAUCCUGCUUACAAAGAAUAUAAAGAGGCUGGCGAGUAUUGGAACAAAUUUCCGAAAACUGAUUAUACUUAUUCGGAAUUGUCACCACAUCGACGAGAGUUGGGUGCUGGAAUUGUUGCCAUGCCAAAUAUGUCUCGAAAAUCACUUGACAAAUAUCAAAAUCGUAUCGAAGCUAUGAUUCAGCAAAAUCCUACCGAAGAAAGUUUCAUUCGACGUAAAUUUCUUAGCAAUAUGUCAUAUCAAAAAAAGGCAGCAGAUUUGCAAUAUGAUUCUGCUGACGAAGUUGACGUUUCUGACUUGUACAAAAACUUGUCAGCAAGACGUAAUUCGGAAAAGAAUGUUUUCUCCAGAUUUAUCAUGUUUGUUAUUGGAGUCUUUUCAUCUUCAUACUCAAAUUUAAAGCGAAAAGUUUCUUAUGGAUCCAAGCAACACAUCUCUUAUACACCUAUUAAAAGACAUCAUCAGCAAGGAUUUUGGCGAGGAAUUUACAACUUUGCUCAAAGCUUUGUUUUGUUAUGCAUCAGCAAAGUUUAUCUGUUCAUCUCAACAGUUUUGUGUUUGGACACAUGGCUUCUUUAUACACGCUCUGAAAAUGUUCACCAAAAUCAAAAGCGUAAACGAUUUUUGAUCGGAUUGUUAGUUCUUCUUCCAUUGAUGCUGUUUGGUGCAUUUCUUCUGUCUGAGGAUAACAAUUUCAUUGCCAGAAAGAAUUAUCAACUUGAACGAUUUAACUAUAAAUUAAAUUAUGUAACUCAAUACUUUUCUGAUGUAUCUCUACCAUCAAUACCUCAUUUCAAUUUUGGAUGGAUAUUAUCUCCAUUAUUCUACACUCGAGCAUUAUUUCGAGGGUUCAUUAUGGAUUCGACGACGAAACAACCAGAAUUAAAAUUGGACGAAGAAAGAUUAAACAUUAUUUUAAAGCAUAUUAAUGAUUAUGUUGACAAUACAAUUCAGGAAAAGCUAAAAUUAAAUAAUGAUAUUUUAAUCAAUAAAGUCAAUGAACGAUUAGUGAUUACAAUAGCUAAUCACUUAAAUGAUGCCUUAAAGAAAUAUGAAUAUCAUCUUACAGCCAAAGAUGUUGAAAUAAUCGUGAACCAAAUAAAAGUGCAAUUAAAUAAUGAUUUAAAUGAAAAAGAGAAGAGCAUAUUGGCAAAGAUAUCUCUAAAUAAUCAAGAAAAUGUUGAGAAAAUUAAAUCCAUCGCUAGUUUAAGCAUGAGUCAGCAAAAAAAUACACAAAAUAUUGAUCUUGAUAAGAUUAUCACAAUGAUUUUGGAGUCAAAAAAACUGCCAAUACUUAUUGAUGAUCGUAUUAAGAUCAUCCAUAAUUCAGAUGUCGAAAAAAUUAAAUUGGAAAUUAUUGGGAAAUUUGCUGUCUAUGACAAUGAAUUAAAAAGACUUAAAAUUGGACAAACAAGUAUUUCUGAUGAUUUGAUUAGAUUUAAAAGAGAAAAUGAUGACGGAUUAAAAAGCAUAUUGAUGAAAAUUGAUGACAAAUUUACAACCUUCUCAGACUAUUCAUCUAUAGACAUGAGUGUAAGAAAAAGUCUUUUAAAUAUAUUAGGACUAAAAAAUCCUGAGAUUGGUGAUGAAACUUUACUGAAGGAAUGGAUUGAAAACACAUUUGUUGCAAAAAUUUACUUAGAACAGCAUCUACAAAACUUGAACCUGAAACUGAAUGAGGCUUUUUCGAAAGAGAUCGAUAAAAAUGCGGGUAUAUUUAUGGAAGAUAUCAAUGAAAAGCUCAAAAGUCAAAUUAAAAUUCUUUUAGAACAGAAAAAUGAGGAACAUAAAAGUACAAAUUUAAACAUUCGUGGGGGAAUUUUAACUGAAGAUGAUGUGAUUAAAAUUGUUAAAGAUAUAUUGGCAGUCUACGAUGCAGAUAAAACUGGUCUCGUUGAUUAUGGACUUGAAUCAGCGGGAGGAGAAAUAAUUUCAACAAGAUGUACAGAAAAUUAUCGAACUAAGAGUGCUGAAAUUUCAAUUUUUGGAAUUCCGAUUUGGUAUCCAAGAAACACACCAAGAACAGUUAUAUCACCUACAAUUGCUCCUGGUGAAUGUUGGGCUUUUCAAGGUUUUCCAGGCUUCCUCGUAAUCAAACUCAGUAAUCUCAUAAAAGUAACGGGAUUUACUGUUGAGCAUAUACCACAGUCAAAUGCUCCAAACAAUGUUAUUGAUUCUGCACCUAAUAACUUUUCUGUUUGGGGAUUAACGAGUGAGUUCGAUAAGAAUCCAAUUUUGUUUGGCAACUACUAUUAUUCAGCAUCAAAAGAUGCCCCAAGUCUUCAAUACUUUCCCGUCCAAAACAAGGAUAUAGUUAUAGCUCAUCAAUUUGUUGAGCUUGUGAUUGAAUCGAAUCAUGGAAAUUCAAAAUACACUUGUCUUUAUAGGUUCCGAGUUCACGGAGAGAUGUAAUUGGAACAGUUCUUUUUAUAAGAAAUAGAAAACUUACAAUCACAUUCAAAUAUAGUCAUUGAAAUAUUGUUAAAUACUUUUGUCUUUUUAAGUAAACAAUUUUGCGUCAAUUUUUUUGCAUUUUCAAACAUUUAUUUUACCUUUUGCAUUAUUGAUAAUGUCAGCUUUAAAGCCAUAAGAUUGCACGUAAAAGUGACCUAAACUUAAGAAAGAAACAGAGAUGUUCAUUUAUAUACCUACCUACAAAACGAAAGUAAUUUUAAGUUCCUAGAAUAAGUAAGCUAUCUGAAAACAACGAGUAACGUACUACUCUCAACAAAAUCAAUUGUAAAGAAGAUUUAAAGCUUUUAUUUGCAGCUUUCAAAAUGUAAAUUUAAAAAGAAAAAUUG